AUGGUUGAAGUUUCGCUUACAGUAGGUAAACUGGAUGCAUCGUUGGCACUUUUGCUAACGAAGGAUCAUCAUUUGAUAGAGUUUCCGACUAUUUUACUUCCAGAUGGUAUUAGUACUGGAUCCAUUGUAAAGAUUGAAUGUGAUAGAGACUUGAAGGAAGAGGAACGGGAGAAUGAGCAAUUCAAUAACUUACAAGAAGAGAUAUAUGAAACUUUCGGUAAACAUGAGCCAGAGAAGCCUUCUCUCAAGGUGGUUAAUGUGACACAGACAUCGUGCGUUUUAGAAUGGGAGCCAUUGCAGUUGGGCACAGCUGAAUUGAAGUCAAUGACAUUGUAUAAGAAUGGAUCUAAGUUGGGUCAAAUCAAAAAUCCAAAGUUGAAGAAAAACAUUAAAUUGAGUGGAUUACCUGUCGACACCACUUACAAGUUUCAAUUGAAGAUGGACACUACUGCUGGUAUCUAUCAUUCCAACACAAUAGAAUUGAAAACCCACAAGAUGACAGAUUUGAGCGGUAUAUCGAUAUGUGUUGGUAGCAUCGACUUUGACAAGGAAACCCAGUUUACUCUGAAUGAUAUCUAUGAUCUUAUCAAGAAUAUUGGUGCUAAACCUAUUAAUAGGAAGGUUAAGAUCGACACAACUCAAUUUAUAUGCACAGAUCCUAGUGGAGUUGAGUGCGAGAAGGCAAAGAGUAUGAACAUUCCUGUAGUGAGGCCCGAAUGGUUGAAGGCAUGUGAAUUGGAAAGGAGAAUCGUUGGUGUGAACAAGUUCUACAUCAAUUCUGAAACUCCAAUUUGGAAGGAGAAAGACUUUUGGGAAGUGCCGGAACUACCAGAAGCAGCUAAUGCAGAGGAGCUUAAGGGGCAGCCUGAGGGGCCUGAGGAGCCCGAGGAGCCUAAGGAGGAGCUAAAGGAGGAAACUAAAGAGCCUGAGCAGCCUAAGCAGGAGCCCAAGCAGGAGCCUAAGGAGGAGCCCAAGCAGGAGCCUAAGGAGGAGCCCAAGCAGGAGCCUAAGGAGGAGCCUAAGGAGGAGCCCAAGCAGGAGUCUAAGGAGGAGCCCAAGGAGCUUAAGAAACCCAAAGGGCCUGAGGAACUUAAAGAAGCAGUAGAAAACACGGAAGAAAAGCUUGACAAAUCUAUCACUGAAGAAGAAAUUAAGCCCAAUGAAUCGAUUUCUGCUGGACCUAUUGAAGAAGUGGCUGCAGUGACGGCUAGCGAACCUGUCUUACACCCUACUGAAGCAACACCUGAGAAUAGUACUUUGGAUCCGGUUGAAUUGACGACUUCUGCCUUGUCUGGCCCAGUUGAUGAAUCUAAGGAGACCUUACCUACGCCCACAGAGUCUCGUGCCGACUCAGUACCAGAAGAGCUUAAUGAGGAACCGGAGAUGCUCAAGGGUAUCGUCAAGGAAGCAAAUGACGAUGAAAAUUCACCUAAAUCUGCUUCUCCAGAACCUGCACAGUUCAAACAUGGAAAGAAGAACAACACAAAGAAGCACAACAAGAAGAAACGUAGAAAAUAA